AUGUGGGCCUCUUUUCUGGAAUAUGCAACUGACUGGGCCUGUGCGAAACUUGCAGAGAUGGUCACAUACAUGAAGGAAGUUGCCAAUCUGAAUGGUGAACUUUCUGUCGAUGAACGCAACCUUCUCUCGGUAGCCUACAAGAACGUUGUCGGCACCCGCCGUGCCUCCUGGCGCAUCAUCUCCUCAAUCGAGCAGAAGGAAGAAUCCAAGGGAUCCGACAAGCAUGUCACCAUCAUCCGCGACUACCGCCAGAAGAUCGAGACUGAGCUCGAGAAAGUCUGCCAAGACGUCUUGGACGUUCUUGACGAGUCUCUCAUCCCCAAGGCCGAGUCUGGCGAGUCCAAGGUCUUCUACCACAAGAUGAAGGGCGACUACCACCGCUAUCUCGCCGAGUUUGCAUCUGGCAACAAGCGCAAGGUCGCAGCCACUGCCGCUCACGAGGCUUACAAGAACGCCACCGAUGUCGCACAGACUGAGCUCACACCUACCCACCCCAUCCGCCUUGGUCUCGCCCUGAACUUCUCAGUCUUCUACUACGAAAUCUUGAACUCUCCCGACCGUGCUUGCCACUUGGCCAAGCAGGCAUUCGAUGACGCUAUUGCCGAGCUCGACUCCCUGUCUGAAGAAUCCUACCGCGACAGCACCCUCAUCAUGCAACUGUUGCGCGACAACUUGACCCUCUGGACCUCCUCCGAUGGCGGCGAGCCUGAAGGUGCCGAGGCCAAGGAAGACAAGCCAGUAGAAACCGAAGCUGCUGCUGCUGCUCCUGCUGCUGAGGAAAAGACCGAGGAGGCUCCUGCUGAGGCCCCAGCCCCGACCGAGUCUUAA